GAAAAUUUCCGAUAAAAUAAAAUGGCGGCUGUGGGUCAUUCGGUAGUUAUGUCGAAUUGUUUAUUACGGUCCUUGAUUGUUACUACACAAUGUGCGAUUGCUACAAAGUGCUAACAAGUGAUGUGAAAUAACUUUAAAUCGUUAUGAGUGUUUUGUUAUUUGGAAUUAUGUAAGAACAAAGAUGAAAAGACAUUUUAACUGACCAAUGAAUCGCGCAGCUAUCCAGAUGAAUAAAAAUGGGAGAAUCGACUUUCUUAUUGUUGGUUACUCUGUUCUUAUGGUCACGAUGUUUGGUUUUUGCUGAAAACAAUGAAUGUCCAUCAAAAUGCGUUUGCCUAAACCAAUAUGCUGAUUGUACCAGAAGGAAUUUAAUGUCUGUGCCAAAAAUUCCCAAGUGGGUGGAAGAGUUAGAUCUCAGCUACAACAAAUUGCAUGGAGAUGCAUCCGAAGGAUAUGAGAGACUAUCAAGUCUCAAGGUUUUAAAAAUUGAUAAAAACUCAUUACGCCUCAUACCUAACUUUCUACAGCACAAUAAUCUUCAUGAAGUGAGUCUAAACAGGAAUAACAUUGGAUCCAUUGAUCCCAACUACGGCCAGCAGGGUUACCCAAACCAACCGCCCGGCCAGCAAGGUUACCCCAACCAGCCGCCCGGCCAGCAAGGUUACCCCAACCAGCCGCCCGGCCAGCAAGGUUACCCCAACCAGCCACCCGGGCAACUAGAAGUCGGUCACGGGCCGUACCCGUCUAUGGGCCCCGGCGGAGGGAUCUCGCCUCAGGUCCAGCAAUGGUUCCGAGCGGUCGACAAGGACCAAUCCGGGUUCAUCACUGCCGACGAGCUCAAGGCUGCGUUGGUGAACGCGCAGGGGCAGACGUUCUCGCACACGGCUUGCAGUUUGAUGAUUGGGAUGUUCGAUAAGGAUCGUUCCGGCCACAUCAACGUAGAAGAAUUCGACAAACUCUACACUUACAUUAACCAGUGGUUGGCGGUGUUCAAGACCUACGACACCGACCAGUCCGGCCAUAUUGACGAACAGGAGCUCUCUAAAGCUUUGAAUCAAAUGGGAUUCCGCUUCACCCCGGACUUCAUCAACUUUCUGAUAAAACGUUCAGACCCGAAAGGAGGGAAAGUGUCAGUGGACGAAUUCAUCGUACUCUGUGUCCAAAUACAGCGAUUCACGGAGGCCUUCCGCGUGCGCGACACUCAACAAAACGGAACAGUCACUAUUGGAUUUGAAGACUUCCUAACAGUUGCACUGAGCUGCUCGAUUUAAAAUAUGGAUUACCCUUUCACGGCCUUUCGUCAAAUGUCACUCACAUUCUAACAUCGUUUAUGC